AUGCACGAAAACGCCAUGGACGAUACCACACUCAAACAAUACCUGGCCGACGACCCGCCCACUGUGGUCCCUCUGACCAUCAAACCCCACUUCGAAGCCUUGAACGACAAGGAGAAGAAGUAUGCGCACUAUAUCAGUCGCGCGGCGUUUGCGGGCACGAGGAUCAAUCUGCGGCAGGUUAGCGGGGAGAGUGAGGCGAUUUAUGACUUUGUGGUGGAGUUGCAUAGGGGUUGUGAUGGCGACUGGAAGAAGCUACAGUCGGACGCUGGAAUUUCAGAGGAGGACCUGACACACUUGCUCAAUUACGCGGCACAAUUCCUGGGCAACACUGGCAACUAUAAGUCUUUCGGUGACUCCAAGUUCAUUCCCAGGAUCAAACCGGAGAGCGUCGCAGCACUGGCAAAGACGUCCAAGGCGGCAGAGCGUCACUACGAUGCCUUCAAGGACCUUCUGUACGAAUCGAAGAACACGGCGCCCAUGCAUCUCGGUUACCCAGAUAAGGGGCACAUCUCGACGUACUACCCAGACUCGCCCAGCAUUACUCAGGAGCAGAUUGAGUACAUCUCCGCUUUUCUGAAGGAGAAGAAGCUCAUGCCCGAGAACACGCGCUUGCGUCAGACAUCAUCCAGUGACUACGAGCUGUUGAUUGCAUCGGCCGUUACGGAUCCGGCUACUCGUGACAUCAAAGGCGACAACUUCGAAUUGGAUGGACCCCUGAAAGGCAAGAAGCUGCGUAUUGUCUACGGCGACCACCAGGCGGCGAUGUCGAAAAUUGCGCGGAACUUAGAAGAAGCCAAGAAGUACGCUCUCAAUAGCGAGGAAGAGGCCAUGCAAGCAGAGUACGUGAAGGCGUUCCAUGAUGGCUCCAUGAAUGCCCACAAGGACUCGCAACGGCACUGGAUCAGGGACAAAGGUCCGAUGGUCGAGAGUAACAUCGGCUUCAUUGAGACUUACCGCGAUCCGUCUGGUGAGCGUGGUGAGUGGGAGGGUUUCGCCGCCAUGGUGAACAAGGAGAGGACGAAGGCUUUCGGCAAGCUUGUCGAGGCGGCACCGAAGCAGAUUCCGAAGCUGCCUUGGCCCAAGGACUUCGAGAAGGAUAGAUUCCUGGCUCCGGAUUUCACCUCGCUGGAAGUCCUGUCGUUUGCUGGGAGUGGCAUACCGGCAGGCAUCAACAUUCCCAACUACGAUGAUGUGCGACAAAACGAAGGCUUCAAGAACGUAUCACUCGGCAAUGUGCUGAGCGCAGCGUCACCAAACGAGCCCACGCCUUUCAUCCGAGAAGAAGAUCAAGCAGUGUACGACAAGUACAAGGACGAAGCUUUCGAAGUCCAAGUUGGGCUUCACGAGCUGCUCGGUCAUGGCUGCGGCAAGCUGUUGCAGGAGACGGAGCCUGGAAAAUACAAUUUUGACAUUGAGAAUCCUCCCAUCAACCCUGUGACUGGCAAGAAGGUCGCGAGCUACUACAAGCCUGGCGAGACUUGGGGCAGUGUGUUCGGCGGCAUGGGACCGUCGUACGAGGAGUGUCGAGCUGAGUGCGUUGCCAUGUCGCUGUGUCCGGACUACGGCAUUCUUCAGAUAUUCGGCAUUGGGGAUGGCAAAGAGGACAUCAAUGGAGAGGCCGGAGACGUACUCUUCGUCUGCUACUUGCAGAUGGCAAGGGCCGGGAUCGCUGCGCUCCAGUUCUGGGAUCCCAACUCGCGCAAAUGGGGACAACCACACAUGAUGGCUCGCUUCGCCAUCCUCCAAUCCUUCCUAUCAGCCGGCCCAGAGUUCUGCAAGCUCGUCUCUAGCAAAGACGACCUCUCCGACCUUAAGAUCCACCUCGACAGGACGAAGAUUCAAUCGCACGGCCGACCGGCUGUGAACGACUUCUUGCAGAAGCUGCACGUCUCCAAGUCGACAGCGGAUCUCAAGGCCGGCACUGAUCUGUACAUGAAGAUGACCAACGUGGACGAGUGGUAUGCGAACAAGGUGAGGCCGGAGGUGAUUCGACAGGCGAAGCCGAGGAAGGUGUUUGUGCAGGCCAAUACGGUCUUGGAGGGGGAUAAGGUGGUGUUGAAGGAGUAUGAGGCUACGCCGGCGGGGAUGAUUCAGAGUUUUGUUGAUCGGGAUUACAUUUGA